AUGAAAAAGAGUUCAAACACUUCAAGGAACACUAAAAAUCUCCAACAACAAUUAUUUCGAGCUUUGAUAAUACAAACAUUCAUUCCACUUAUUCCAAUGUACAUUCCAAUUUCGAUUUUAUUCACAUUUCCGAUGAUUGGAUAUGAUAUUGGACAAAUUGGAUUAAUUGUACCAUUUACAAUUGCACUCUACCCAGCUAUCGACCCUUUACCUAAUAUGUUGAUUAUCAAAAAUUAUCGCACUGCAGUAAUUCAAAUUUUUCGCAAGUGUUUUCUUUGGGCUUCUUCUUGUAAGGUUGAUGUGACUUUGAACACUAUUACAUAA